GCGGCGGGCUCGGAGCCGGCACGGCCGGGGCGAGGCGCAGAUUCCGCCCGUCUCCCAAGGCCGGGCCUCGAACCCUGCCCGCUGCAGCCCCAGCCGCCCCCCUCUUUUCCCAGCCAUGCUCCGUGCGGGAUGAGGCUGGAGGCUGUGGUCGAGCAGCUGCAGAAGCAGCAGCAGAAGCAGCGAAGCCCUCUGCAGAUGGAUUCCAGGGAGCGGCAGCAGAGGCAGCUGCGGGAAGCCCAGCUGCUCUACACGCAGCAGCUGGCGGUGCAGCAGGCCGUGCUGGCAGCCACCGCGGGCCGGGCUUCGGGCGGCUCCGCCGCGGGUCCCCUGGGCAGAGGCCCGGCCGGGGCCGCGCGGGCUUUCGAUGAGAGCAGCAUGAAUUCGGAGCCGGAAGAGGAGGAGGACGACGAGGAAGAGGAGGAAGACGAGGAGGAGGAGGAGGAAGGCGGGUUGGAAGGCGGAGAUCUCGCGGAUGGCGCCGAUAUGACUGGAAAGGAGUCCUGCUCCGCUCUGAAAUACUUCCACGCUCCCAAAGCUGCCCAGCACAACCAAAGAGUGGCCUCUACCUCCAACCCUCCUCCGGCCGCGGGGCACCAGCGGGGCCAGCAGGGCAGAGAAGAACAGGGUAAAGACACUACUAAGCAGCCCUACUGCGGCUCCCCGGCCGCGCGCCAGGGCUGGAGGUUGGACGAGCAGCUCAAGCAGAACGGCAACGUGACCUGGAGCGAUGAAGGCGACGGCUGCCGAGGAAGAGAAAUUUCACGAGACUUUGCCAAGCUUUAUGAACUGGAUAGCGACCCUGAACGGAAAGAGUUCCUGGAUGACCUCUUCAUCUUCAUGCAGAAGAGGGGAACUCCCAUCAAUCGGAUCCCCAUCAUGGCAAAGCAGAUCCUGGACCUCUACAUGCUGUACAAACUGGUGACCGAGAAAGGAGGGCUGGUGGAAAUCAUCAACAAGAAGAUCUGGCGGGAGAUCACCAAAGGCCUUAAUCUGCCCACCUCCAUCACCAGUGCCGCGUUCACGCUUCGAACCCAGUAUAUGAAGUACCUGUACGCCUACGAAUGCGAGAAGAAGUCCCUCAGCUCUCCUGCCGAGCUUCAGGCUGCGAUCGACGGCAACAGGCGGGAAGGCAGGCGGCCCAGCUACAGCUCCUCCUUGUUCAGCUACUCGCCCACCGCCACGGGGCCUCCUUCCCUCCUGUCUCCCCCAAAGAUCCGCUUCCCGAUCAUCGGCGUCGCGCCCGGCAGCGGGACCAGCAAUCCUCGCGUGUCUCCAGCAGCAGCUGUCAGAAAAGGCGACGGUGUGCCCUUGACUGUGUCUAUGCCAAAUCGCAUCGCUGUGCCGGUGACCUUGGCUAGCCAGCAGGCAACGGUGGCAGCGAGAACAGCCACCCUGGAGCAGCUGAGGGAGCGGCUGGAGUCCGGGGAGCCGCCGGAGAAGAAGGUCUCGCGGAUGACGGAGGAGGAGCAGCGGCUCGUCCAGCAGGCUCUGCAGCGCAACCUCUUCAGCAUGGCGCGGCAGAUCCCCAUGAAAAUCAAAAUCAAUGGCAAGGAAGAUAAACCGGACUCGGCGGCGGCGGCAGCACUGAAUCUGUCACCUAACGGCAUUGGGAGCAUCAACAUGUCGGUGGAGAUUAACGGCACGAUUUAUGCUGGAGUGCUCUUUGCCCAGAAGCCAGUCGUCCAUCUCAUCGCGGGCUCCAGCACGCAGAGCUCCUGCAGCAGCAGCAGCAGCUCCCACUGCUCUCCCAGCCCUACCUCAUCGCGGGGAACGCCCGGCGCAGAGCCCUCCACCAGCUGGUCUCUCUGACGGACGGCCGCGCUCGCUGUCUCACACUGGCCCCCGGCAGCUCUCCCUCUCUGCUCGCGGCGGGGAGCGAGCCGGGAAGGAGUCGCACACGUUACCUCAUCUCAAGGAACCUGCUUUGCGGCUGGCCGACGGCAAGAUGAUGAUGCUGAAACCUUUCCACGCCAGCGAGUUGUUCUUCAUCGUCCGUUUGUCCAGCCUUUUCCUUCCUUCUCCCCUUUCUUCCUCCCUCUCUCUUCCGUUUUCUUCCUCCUCCUCCUCCUCCUCCCCCCGGGGUUUGCCGUGUUCCCGCUGGGGGGCGGGACAUGGAGAGGGGGCACCCCUGGCGUUUUUCAAUCAGGGAUCGUCUCUAGGAGCGGCGGGUCGAGAGAUGGCUGAGACGUCACCAGGGCAGGUGGAAGGAGCCGGGGUCGGGGCAGGGAAGCGGGGUUCUCCUCGAAGCAGCAGCCACGCGGGCUCUUCCCACAAAACAUCCCAGUGUGUUGACAAUCCGAACGGCCGGCAGGCUGCCUUGCCCCUCUCCUGCCGGGCUCGCAGCUGCCGAGCAGGCGAGCUUCCUCGCUUUUCUUCAGGCUCUGCCGUGCUCCAGUCCUCCCCUCGGGCCCACGGUCCUCGCUUGUGGAGUCCCGAGAGACUUGGUGAACCUCCUUCCCCCCUCUCGGAGGUCUUGGCCGCAGGGGAAGGACCCCCAGACACAGAAAAUCCCCGCUCGCUCAGCUGCUUCGUUCUCCUGGCUGGUGCUGGCCCGUUCCCUACUGUCGUUGCCUUUUUCAGGCUUUCAGCCAAGUUGUAGAUGCCCUCGACCUUGUCUCUCUGCCCUUGGGGAACUCAUCCCGCUGACAUUUACCCUGACAGCCUGAACUUGUUUUCGCUUGGGUUUGAUCCUCUGCCCCCCUUGACACAAGACCCGGUGGCUCCGCGAGCUCAGCCCCUGCUCGCGUGGCCUCGCUGUGUCCCCUCUCCUCCUGCCGUCCUGCACACAUCCUCCCCCGCCUGGAGGUCAGAUCCGAGCGCCAUCCCUCCUGCCCUGGUGACGUCCUUUCCAUGCUCCGGGCCCGAGUCAGGUUUUUUUGAGCAGAUGAAAUACCUCAGAUAUGUACUUGUUGUUGGGGUUUUUGUUUGUUUGUUUUGGGUUGUUUUUUUUUUUAACCUCUUCAGGAAGUAUUGGCAUAUCUUAUCGCUUGAUUUUUUAUAUAUAUAUAUGUGGUUUUGCUGA